UUGCUGUAUAUAUCGUAAAUAAAUUUUUAUAUCUGAUGGCACACAGCAACAGUUUUGCUUCUGUAUUCUCAAAUGGUUAUGUCAACAUUCAAGAGCCUACUUCAAGAACCUUUCCUAUCCAACUUACAGUUCACACUGCUCGACUAAAUGGUGGUGGUUUGUUCAACAAAGCUCCAGAUGUUUAUUUAGAGAUUAUUGUUGACUCAAAUGCUGAACUAGCAAAGAGAACAAGUACCAAAAAACGAACUUAUUCACCUCAAUGGGAUGAACCUUUUAAUUUAAUUGUUGGAGAGAAUUCCUUGAUUGAAUUCAAAAUAUUUAGCAAAACUAAAUUUUUUGAUGACAAUUUGAUAGCUUCGAAGACCAUAAAGGUUAUGCAUUGGGUUAAGAAAGAAUCUGAUAAUGGCAAAUUUGACAAUGUAAAGAUAACCAUUCCAUUAAUCUCAAAAGAUGCAAGAGAUCGUGAAUCGAAGACUGGCGAGCUUAAAGUUUAUGUCAAUGGAACAAUUGAGAGGACCAGACGUGGAUGUACACGAGGGACUUCUGCUACACCUUCUGUAGUCCAAGAGCUUCCUGCUACUUUUAGUAACGAGAGUAACGAGCCGUCAACAUCAACUGGAAUAAAUGCAGGUAGUAAAAUUUUUUGUUUAAUAACUUUUCUAUUAGUUGCUAAUGGGGAACUUGUAAAUGCGCCAAAAACUCGUGAUACAAUAAUGCCACAAACGGAGGCUGCCCUUAAUACUGCUGGCGAAGAGCCACUUCCUUCAGGUUGGGAAAUGCGUUCAGACCAGUUUGGAAGGCGUUACUACGUUGACCACACGACUAAGAGUACUACAUGGGUCAGACCAAGUAAUACUCCACUACCCCAAGGUUGGGAAUCGCGACGUGAUAAUCGAGGGCGUGUUUAUUAUGUUGAUCAUAACACUAGAACUACAACUUGGCAAAGGCCUACUCUUGAUAUGCUAGCUGCUCACGAGCAAUGGAACUCCAAUCGUUCUCAAGCUAUGAGUCAAUGGGAACAGCGUUUUCUUUACAAUUCUGAAGAAGAGGAUCAUUUGGGUCCAUUGCCUACUGGAUGGGAGCGCAGAGUAGAACCCAACACUGGACGAAAUUACUUUGUAAAUCAUCAAAACCGAACAACUCAAUGGGAGGACCCACGAACUCAGGGUCUUCCUAACGCUCCACUACCCGAAGGAUGGGAAAUGCGUAUAACUGAACAAGGAAUUCCUUUCUUCAUUGAUCACAAUACUAAGUCAACAACUUAUAACCAUCCUCGUACUGGACGUCCUGUUGGACCGCUAGGAGGGCCUGGACUUCAAAUGGCUUCAGAUAAGACGUUUAAGAACAAAGUUGCUCAAUUCCGUUAUCUGUGUUAUUCUAAUGCUUUUCCUAAACAUGUAAAAAUUUCUGUUACUCGUCAAAACCUUUUUGAGGAUUCGUUUCAAGAGGUCAUGAGAAAGAGUCCAAUAGAAUUUCGUAAUCGUUUAUAUAUUCAAUUUAAAGGAGAAGAUGGACUUGACUAUGGAGGUGUUGCUAGAGAAUGGUUCUUCUUACUUUCUCAUGAUGUGCUCAACCCUAUGUAUUGUCUCUUCGAAUAUGCCAAUUCAAAUAAUUAUAGUCUUCAAAUAAACCCUGCUUCUUUUGUAAAUCCUGAUCAUUUAAAAUAUUUUGAAUUUAUUGGUCGUUUUAUUGCAAUGGUUUGUUUUAAAAGCUUUGAAAAAUAUUUUUAUUUAAAGGCUUUGUUUCAUGGAAAAUUUAUCUAUAGUGGAUUUACUCUUCCUUUUUACAAGAAGAUGCUUAGCCGAAAAAUAACUCUUAAAGAUUUGGAAUCUGUUGACUCAGAGUUUUACAAUUCAAUUGUUUGGAUUCGUGAUAAUAACAUUGAUGAAUGUGAUAUGGAAUUAUAUUUUGUGGUAGAUUAUGAAUUGUUGGGUGAAGUGAAGACACAUGAAUUAAAAGAAAAUGGAACAGAAAUUGCCGUUAAUGAAGAGAAUAAAGUUGAAUAUAUAGAAUUAUUGGUAGAAUGGAGAUUUAAUAGAGGAAUUGAACAACAAACAAAUGCUUUCUUUCAAGGAUUUACAUCUAUUUUUCCUCUUCAAUGGCUACAGUAUUUUGAUGAACGUGAACUUGAAUUGCUUUUAUGUGGAAUGCAAAAUAUUGAUGUAGAUGAUUGGCAGCGAAAUACUGUUUAUCGACAUUAUGCUCCACAAAGUAAACAAAUUCAGUGGUUCUGGCAAUUUGUUCGAUCUUUGGAUCAAGAAAAACAUUCCAAAUUGUUACAAUUUGUUACAGGGACAUGUCGUGUGCCUGUUGGCGGUUUUGCUGAAUUAAUUGGUUCAAAUGGCCCUCAAUUAUUUUGUAUUGAAAGGGUGGGAAAAGAGGGAUGGUUGCCACGUUCACAUACUUGUUUUAAUCGCCUUGAUUUGCCACCAUAUCGCUCUUAUGAGCAACUUGCAGAAAAACUAACUGCUGCCAUUGAGAUGACUGAAGGUUUUGGCAACGAAUAA